GUCAGUCUGUGAGUGCCAGCAUAGUGCCAGUGACCGUGAGUGCCGUGCUGUGCUACAUAGUGCCACUGUGAUUAUUGGGAUCUGCGAAUCUUUGAUUCUACAAAGUUGAAAUCCACAUCUUGAACUAUUCUGAAGCUUAUAAGAGCAACGCAGACGAGUUGCAACUGGAGGACUCACAUGAUCACGAACACGAAAUAAAUCCAUCCCUUCACCUUUUGGUGAAGAUCGUGUGACGUUUGCUCAACAACAACUUCCACCGCAGACAUCUUCGCCUCUAUCCUAGUGCAGUUCUCGUGGUGUUCCGAUGGCAGCGUGUGAUGUGGUGCAGAGAUGCUGAGGGGAGAGACAGCGGUGCCAGUGGACAGCAGGAGUAGGAGCCGGAGAGGAAGGAAGAGGCAGCGUCAAUGCGCUGCGAGCUGCUGAUGGCGAUGGCAGAGGCCCAUGUGCAUCCCCACCAUGUCAACAACAACAACAAUAACCUGCCUUUCAUCUCCUUCAAACAACGUAAGAGGAAGAGGAUCAACGACGUAGUGGGCAAACUGGCCACCCAGGUGACUGUCAACAACAACAGUCCCCUCCACAACAACAAUAACAACAACCCGACAACGGAGAUCAAGGUGAAGCAGGAGUGCGUCGAGGCUCCGGCGCUCAAGACGCCCAAACAGAUGGCUCCGCAGACCGUGUUCAGGUUCGACGGCCAGACCAGGCUGUCCGAGGGCGAGGACGAGGUAGAGGAUGUGUUCAGCCCGGCGUCCUCGGCCAACAGGAGUCCUCACAGUUCCAACACGGACUCACCCAAAAUCAGUUUCAGCCCGUUAAGGCUCAAAGACAGUAGUAUAGACGAGGAGGCGGAAAGCGGGAGUGCAAGUACCCCUCCGCCUCCGAGAAUACAAGUGAAACAGUUUCACGAACUACAUACGGACGAGGAGGUGACACAUGUCAGUCCUCAGCCGCGGUACCCGGGGUGUUCCUGCGCCCACUGUUCCUCCGGGGUGGGGAUGCCUCCCCUACCUCACGAUAGGUUUUACUCCGUGUCCCCGGUGUCCCCACUCACCCCCGCGUCCCCGGUGCCCGCCCCCGUGUACAGCUUCGAACGAUACCUACAUUCUAAGUACCUGCCGGACUAUUUUAGACGGAGAAGUCACUCCGAUUCGGAUCUCCCCCUGUGGUUCGAAGCGAAAACGGAACGUACCGACAAGGACAAAACUCCAGAGAGAGGAACGGUUCUUCGGCAGCACGGAAAGUCCAUCCCUCACCCACUGACUCUGACCCACCACGGGCAAGGUUCGUUGGAGUCGGAUCACUCCACGCCACAAGACUCCCCGUUGGAUCUCUCCAUGAAGAGUCUCAGUAGUUCCGCGAGUGCGGACUCUCCUAUCAGCGAGCCCAGCUUCAUCCUGCCCCCACACCUUCUACCCUACGGCGUCCUUCCUCCUUGGGGCGCCGUCUCAGUACCUGUAGUCAAAGGUGACGUGGCGUCGCCUACGACGAAGGAGUCGGUCGCUGUCCGAUACAACCUUGAAGUCUACCCAGUCGUCGAGGAGAUGCCACCAGGCUCCGACGUGGCGUACGUCUGUCCUGUGUGUGGUCAGAUGUUCAGUCUCCACGACCGCCUCGCCAAGCACAUGGCGUCGAGACACAAGAGCAGGACGCAGAACAGCGACUCAUCUUCUAAAGCUUAUCUCUGCGAGGUGUGUAAACGAUCGUUCGCCCGCAGCGACAUGUUGACCAGGCACAUGCGGCUCCACACAGGCGUCAAACCGUACACUUGCCGUGUUUGCGGACAAGUGUUCUCCAGGUCGGAUCAUCUGUCGACGCAUCAACGGACUCACACCGGGGAGAAGCCGUACAAGUGUCCACAGUGUCCCUACGCGGCGUGUCGCAGAGACAUGAUCACGAGGCACAUGAGGACUCACGCCCGCUACGAGCCAGGGGUCACGCCGGACCUGGACCACAGAGAGGAGGACUCGUCACCUGUAGAGAGCUCCUCACCCAUGGACACCGCCAGGGAACUGGAUUGAACCGUUCGAGGCGUCGAUGUCGAGUAAACCAAAGAGCGUACGCACUUUCCCUUCGUGUAUAUUCUUCAAGCGAUCUUCCAGCUGUUGUGCCAUGUCGUGGAUCCUUUAAUUUAUUCGUCCCUCGCGAUGUUCUUAGAAACAUCAGCUGCAGGACGGUUGGUGGUUUAUUGUAGAGAGAGAUGUAUCUAUAAAUCUAAUAUAUUGAAACCUUAGCUUUUCUAGUAAAGUGGGCGCUGGGCGUUCUGCAAGUGCCAAUGUUUGGCCCUCGAAGCCUUGAUCUGUGCCUCGUAGUAUCUAUUUAAAAUAUCAAUAGUUAUUUCUUCACUCUGAAUAAAUAACUACACUAUCCUUAUGAUUACCUUUAUGCUAUUUAGGCAGUAUUUUAAAUCAAAGUUUCAAUGAAAAUUGUAAAGGGAAUUUCCACAUCGUUUGACACGUACAAAUAUUUAAAUUUGCAUCAACAAAUACUGUUAACAGAUCGUAGAUCUUGAUUUGUGAUAUUUAAAACAAACUAAACAAAAACCAAUACAACAAGGAGUGGGAAUAGAGUAUUAUAAGUAUAAUUCUGUAAACAAAAAGCAAUUAUUCAAAGUAAUGAGGUUGUCUGACACCGUGGUGUUCAGUGAAGUACUACAAUUUCUCUAGCGCCCGCCUGUCCUUAGAUCUUCCAUGUCAAUGUAGGCGUAAAGUAGGGAUCAGACCAUGUUGGUUGUUACAUGCUCAACUUGUUGAUGUUGCUAUGUUGGUGUUAUAUUGCUUUUCAUGUUACACAGAAGAAAUAUUUUAUAUACAUUAUAGAAACCCGGGACCCAUACAGAACUGUUGUUAGAGGCCGAUUGUUAUCAAUGUUUUGUACUCUAUGUACUAGUGCACUGUUACGUUCUUUUUAUACAUUUUAUAGUUGUUUUGCAUAGAUUUAUCGUUCAGCAGUUGUGUUUCCGUUUGCUUUUUAAGUAGGUUAGCUUUGGCCUAAAUUUCUGUUACACCGUUAUUGAGACCAGGGUCUGUGUUAGUCAGUGCUACAUGGAAGUAGACUAGAUAUGUUUUGUAUGUUACGCAUCGCCAGUAUAUUGUCACGCGUCUGUUAUGUUUCAAAUUAUUGCUAAAAUAACAAAAGUGUUAAUCUUCAUAUCUUUAAAACGUGUCAUUUUGUAUAUGUCCAGUAAUACUCAGAAUGGUUGUGAGCUACAGGUAUAUUUCAGAUAUACCGUUUUCAUAGUCAAUGUAUAGUUGGAUAUACCGUUCUCACGUAACACUUGUAAAGUAAUCAAACAUGACAAAACUAAUAACUCAUGGCCUACUCGAUUCGUCGUUAAUGUAAUGUAAGACCAUUAACACAUAACUUAUGUAUAGUUUAACUCGAUAGUCCUGGUUUACGGAAAAACGGACGAAAGUCUUUAAACAUUGUGAUAUUAGUAGAAAGUGCAGCUGUUAUUACAUAUCAGCUUUACCAUAAGCUCGACUAGAAUGAGCGAAUGAUAAAUUUAAAUUUUUUUAUAAAUCUGAAUAGAUAAUUUUUCUCUGAAAUUAACAACGUGCAUAUUUUUUCAUUUACUGAAAAUCAGUCAAUAUAUCCAUUUUGAGUUUUUAAUCUGUACGCGCUCAAAUAUCUGUGACUUUCCUGAUUAGACCUUUGACGGAGUUGCUUUGGUUGUUUUGUCGUGUCAAUUACGGGUUAAAUGUUUGCUUCUCCAAUCAAAUCUCAAAUCCUGGACAAGGUUCCCCGGCCAUUGGCGACAGUGAUGUUUCUUUUCGUUUCCAUUUUCCACGCUUUUGCUGACUUCUGUUUUCGUUGGGCAUUAUCCCUUCAGCCGAUUCGAUGUGCCACAAGGUAGUUUAGGGGUAAGUUAUUUUGAUAAUUCUCUUUGUAUUUAUAUGAUUCGUGUAAAUGUUGACGCCAUUUUGUACUAUAUAAAUUAUUUUGUAAUAUUGUAACGUCAUUAUGAAUGGAGCUAGUUGUAUUCCUUUAACUGUUUGCCUCGUUUAUUCCAUCCCAUCGAGAUCUGUUUAGUUUUGAAUAUAUUUUAUUAGUUAAUUGUGAGAAUAUUAAGUUGAUGGCAUUUAUUGUUGUUGAAGUAAACGAGGCAAAGAGUGUAUGUAUCGUUAUUUGUUAAUUUAUUGUGAUGUUAAGACUAAGUCGGUAAUCUGUUACUAUUGUUCAGACCAGUGCAAGGAGAUUUCAAACAUUUCAGAUUCACUUAUCUCAAAUAGACAAAUCUAAUGCUAUUUUCCUAAGCCAUUCCAAUUUUUAUUUGACUAUAACAAGAAAUCUCAUAUAAUAUGUUUACAAUAGAUUGUUUAUAAUUCAUUUUCUUAAAUCUUCUGCAGUAUUUGUAAUCCCCUUGGACAGCACUGACUCAUUGUAAGCUUUCUUUUUCAUAUUUAUUGAUCAUUAAUACAUUAAGUUAUUUUCUCAUGUCAAAUGCUCAAUAUUCAUCUCAUUAAAUAAUCCUAACUGCAGAUCUUUACAGUAUCGGAAAAUAUUUUGAAUAAACAAUAUU